CGGACAGAUAAAAAAACUCACACUAUUUCUAGGUCCCUGAGUUUAAGAUAAAAAAACAUCAGUAAAUAUAUGCAUGGCCUUUAUCAGACGUACUUUAAAAAAAUUUUACCCAAGAAAUUUCAAGUUUCAUCAACUUCGAUUUCUCAAUGACGAUUAUGUGAAGAUUGUCGAAGUUGGACCAAGAGAUGGCUUGCAAAAUGAGAAGGCUAUAAUCAGCACAGAUGUUAAAGUGGAAUUUAUAAAUAAACUUUCGAACACUGGGUUGUCUGUAAUAGAGGCAACUAGUUUUGUUUCGCCAAAAUGGGUCCCUCAGUUUGCUGACAACAAAGAAAUUAUGAGCAAAAUCGAAAGAAAGAAGAACGUAUCAUAUCCAGUCUUGGUACCAAAUAUAAAAGGUUUUCAGUCUGCGGUAGAAGUUGAUGUGAAAGAGAUUGCAAUAUUUGGUGCUGCAUCUGAAGUGUUUACCAAAAAGAACAUCAACUGUACAAUCGAAGAAAGUUUAAGACGAUUCAAAGACGUUUGUGUAGCGGCACAAAACAAAAACAUCAAAAUUAGAGGAUAUGUGUCAUGUGUGGUGGGUUGUCCGUAUGAAGGUGAUGUCGAUUCUUCUGUCGUGUUGAAGAUAGCAAAAGAGCUUUUAAAAAUGGGUUGUUAUGAAAUUUCUCUUGGUGACACUGUAGGGAUAGGCACCUCAGAAUCUACUGCAAAAAUGCUGAAAUGCGUAUUAGAAGCAAUUCCAUCCGAGAAACUAGCCAUUCAUUGUCACGAUACCUAUGGAAGAGCCUUAUCAAAUAUUGAAACGGCUUUAGAAAUGGGGUUAAGAGUAGUGGACAGUUCUGUGUAUGGUCUUGGUGGCUGUCCGUACGCAAAAGGUGCAUCUGGUAACGUUGCAACUGAAAAAGUGGUGCAGUAUCUUCAUACAAAUGGAAUGGAAACCGGUGUUGAUAUGAACCUCAUAACGAAUGUAGGUAAAUGGAUAUCUCAAUAUGUCAGUAAACAUGACUGACAAUGACAAAUUGGCAUUGUCUCUUCCAGAUAAGACGUAACGAUAUUCAAAGAUGCAGAUACCAUAAAUAAUUAUAAAUGAAGACAGCACAAAUAAACAUUACAAAAAUGCAUCUUUUGUAGUUUUUUAUUGGCUUCGAUGUUUUUAAAUCUGUCUUUUCAGUUAUGAGCAUGCCCAGUAUUGUGGCAACGUUAUUGAGACUACUAGUGACAUCACUUAAACACACACAAUCAGACUUCCGUGUUCAAGUACAGUGGAAUCUCUCUAAAGCGGACACUAUUGGUACAAAAAAAGUGUCCGUCUUAUAGAGGUGUCCGCUUUAUAGAGAUUGUAUCCAAAAAUCACUUUCAGAGCAAAAUUUUGCCUAAUACAUGACAUUUUUUGUUUAUAUACGUUUUUUCUCUGUUCUAUUCAUUUUAAAUCAAGAAAACGAGACAUAUAAUUUGAUUAAUAUGAACUUGUAUUAUUUAUACGCUCUACUGUUAUACAAACAAAAAAAAUAUCAACUAACAAA